UUGUGGAAUUUUAGGUUACUAGUUACAUGAAAGACGUGAAAGUGUUUGCGUAUUUACCAAUAAUAUAAUUAAUCGUAUUAAUUAAUUAUAUCAUAUAUGUGAUAAUGAGUGAAAAACGUGAACGCGAAGGCAGUGAUACGGAAGACGAAUGGAUUGGACCGUUACCUUCAGAAGCUGCUCCACAAAAGAAGCAACGAGUCUUGGAAUAUGAACAAGUUUAUAUAGAUAAUUUGCCAUGCUGCGAAUGUUAUGAAAAAUCUUAUAUGCAUAGGGAUGUCAUUACUCAUAUUUUAGUAACAAAGUCAAAUUUCGUGAUAACCGCCAGCUGCGAUGGACAUGUAAAAUUUUGGAAAAAGCAGGAAGAAUUAAUAGAAUUCGUAAAACACUUUCGAGCUCACUUAAUGGCAAUACAAUCGAUAUCUGCUAGCUGCAAUGGUGUUCAUGUAUGUUCAGUCAGCAUAGAUAAAACUAUGAAAAUAUUCGACGUUAUUAAUUUUGAUAUGAUAAACAUGAUAAAACUGGACUUUGUGCCACUUUGCACUGAAUGGGUUUAUUCAGCUGGCGAUGCUAUAGCUGCUGUGGCAGUGUCUUCACAAGAAUCAAAUAAGAUAUAUAUUUAUGAUGGUCAGGGAUCAAGUAUGCCUUUACACGUAUUUGAAAAACUGCAUACUAAACCAGUUGUCAUAAUGAAAUAUAAUGCUGUAUAUGAAACAUGCAUUUCCGUCGAUAGAGCUGGAAUAUUGGAGUACUGGACAGGUCCAAAAAUGGAAUAUAGAUUUCCUAAGUAUAUAUUAUUUGAAUCAAAAUUGGACACUGACCUGUUUGAAUUCGCCAAAAAUAAGACUUAUCCGUGCGGUUUAGCAAUAUCGCCUGACGGUAAACGGUUUGCGUCCCUCAGUGGAGACAGAAAAGUUAGGAUCUUUAAUUUCCGGACGGGCAAAUUAUACAGAAUAUUUGAUGAAACACUGCAGAGAUUUAGCGAAUUACAACAAACUGUACAGCAACUUCCAAACAUGGAAUUUGGACGUAGAAUGGCAGUGGAGAGAGAACUGGAUAAAACCGAAACAAAUUUGGGGAAUAUUAUUUUUGAUGAAUCUGGUUAUAUUAUUCUGUAUCCUACCAUGUUGGGUGUCAAAAUGGUGAAUCUUUACACAAAUCGUUGUAUUAAAAUCAUGGGAAAGCCAGAGAACAUACGACCAAUGCGGCUAGCAUUAUUCCAGGGAAAAGCGAGAAAGACUACUGCCGCAUUAACUGUCGAGAUGGAGGCUUCCGAAAAUCCCACCAUGGAAAUGAAUCGGCCAGAUCCAACAUUGUUUUGCACGGCUCACAAAAAAAAUCGAUUCUAUAUGUUCACGAGACGAGAGCCGGAAGACACAAAGAGUCAGGAAUGCGACCGCGAUGUAUUCAACGAGAAACCUUCUAAGGAGGACAUCAUAUCUUCCACGGAGGCCACAAACAUGCAAAAGAUAUACGACACGGCGAUAAUCCAUACGGCGCUCGGCGAUAUCCACUUGAAUCUCUUCGGCAAGGAUGUUCCCAAGACAGUGGAGAAUUUCUGCGUUCAUGCGAAGAAUGGUUACUUUAAUGGUCACAUAUUUCAUAGAGUUAUCAAGGGUUUCAUGAUACAAACGGGCGAUCCAACUGGGACUGGUACCGGCGGUGAGAGCAUAUGGGGAGGCGAAUUCGAGGAUGAAUUCAAGCCGAACUUGAAGCAUGACAGACCAUAUACUCUGAGUAUGGCAAAUGCAGGGCCAAAUACGAACGGCAGCCAGUUUUUUAUUACAUUGACACCGACACCCUGGUUAGAUAAUAAGCAUACCGUAUUCGGCCGAGUUCACAAAGGAAUGGAAGUCGUUCAAAAUAUCAGCCAGGUAAAAACAAAUCCUAAAACUGAUAAGCCUUACGACGACAUACGAAUAGUUAGUGUGACUGUUAAAUAAUUUUAUAUA